AUUCAGUGGGUUACUAGUGCGGACUGCGGUCCACUCGGAGAACUUCUUACUCCGAUCCCAGCCUUGACUCACAUGUUACGCCGCACUCCGAUUUAGCCGAUUCUCGAGUUGCAAGUAGACAUCGUUCGCUAUAUAACAAACCCAUUUAAGUCAUCUCAGACACGCUCACAUCUUAGCAAACAUCUAGAGUCAUCACAUUUCUUCUUUGAACCAUGUCACCUUCUGCAUCCGAUGUCCCCGAUUCGGUUGGGAAGACUUCGGUUGGGAAAGAUGCCAAUGUCAAGCGUCUUCAACCACACCGCUCCGAUGUCAACCCUUCCCAAUGGGGUGUGGCUGCUCUGGCUGUGAGUGAACCGUUCAAGACGCAAAAUCACAAGCAUAAGCCCGCGGCUCUAAGAUGGGAUCAUCGACUUAGCACUGAGUCGGCCAGUCGCGAGGGAUGCACCCUUAAAGCUGCCUUCAAGCAUCUCCAGAAGCCGGGUAUCAUCUCCCUGGGAGGCGGCAUACCACUCAGCGAGUAUAUUCCAUUCGAGUCUUUAGGGCAUUCAGUGGUGCCGUUAGACAACAGCGAAGGUGCUGCGAAACCCGUCGAGUUGCAUUCCAACAAGGGUGACAUGUCUUCUGGCAAAAGCAUCUAUGACCUCACAGUAGCAUUAAACUACUGCCAAGGAAGCGGCUCUGCGCAGUUGCUCCGCUGGAUCACUGAACAUGCAGAGCUAGUCCACAAUCCCCCGUAUGCAGACUGGCAGUGCAGCAUGAGUAUCGGCAAUACCUCCGCACUCGACAUUGCUUUGCGAAUGUUUGCAGAGCGGGGGGACUACGUCUUGUCCGAUGACUACACAUUUUCAUCCGCAGUUGAGACUGCUUUGCCAAUGGGAGUUCGCUUCAUGGGCGUGAAAAUGGAUGCCGAAGGCUUGAUCCCUCAGAGUCUUCAUGACACGCUCCAGAACUGGGAUCCUGCUGCUCACGGUGGCUCAAGGAAACCAUUCCUGCUCUACACUGUUCCAACAGGCCAGAAUCCUACAGGCGCUACUCAAAGUCUGCAACGUCGCAAAGACAUCUAUCGCGUGGCCCAAAAACAUGAUUUGAUCAUUUUGGAAGAUGAUCCAUACUACUACAUCCAAAUGGAUAAGUUUGCUUCCGCCGAAAAUUCUCAAAUCGAAACCAGAUUCAACUCACCGGAAUCAUUGCUUGGAAUGUUAAUUCCCACCUACCUCAGCAUCGAUACAGAUGGGCGAGUUGUUCGUAUGGAUUCUUUCAGCAAGGUCGUCAGUCCUGGACUCCGUGUCGGAUGGGUGACUGCCUCGGAGCAAAUCAUCGAGCGAUACAAAAUUCAUGCCGAUGUUUCAACGCAAGGCCCCAGUGGUUUCAGCCAACUGGCACUCUUCAAAUUGCUAGACGAACAUUGGGGUCAUUCUGGUUUUCUGCAAUGGCUAUUGCAUAUCCGUCAAGAAUAUUCCGCUCGCCGAACCUUUCUUGCUAAUGCUUGCGAUCGCCACUUGCCAAAGGAUAUAGUUAGCUGGAAUGUGGCAGAAGCGGGCAUGUUUCAAUGGCUAAAAGUAGAUUGGCGAAAACACCCCGAUGCAGAAACAAAAUCUGCGGCGGAAAUUGAGGAGGAAAUAUGGCUUGAAAGCAUUGGGGAGGGAGUACUCGUUGCUCGGGGAAGCUGGUUUGAAGCAACCGCGAACAAGGAGUAUCCUGACGUUUUCUACAGAAUUACGUUUGCAGCCGCCCCAUUAGAUAAGAUUGAGGAGGCAGUUACACGUUUGGGAGAGGCUUUGAAAAGGUCAUUUAAGUUGGAGUAAAGCACGUCAACGACAUACACAUUGCAGGAUACUAAAGAUAGGACUCAGGAUAGAGAAUACUAAAAGCUUUGGACUUAGUA